AUGCCAGUGAUGAAGGGCCUCCUGGCCCCACAGAACACCUUUCUGGACACCAUCGCUACGCGUUUCGAUGGCACCCACAGUAAUUUCCUUUUGGGUAACGCCCAGGGCCACCGCGGCUACCCUAUCGUCUACUGCUCAGAUGGCUUCUGCGAACUGACAGGCUUCACGAGAACUGAGGUGAUGCAGAAGAACUGCAGCUGCCGCUUCCUGUACGGGGCCGACACCAGCGAGCAUGUGGCCCAUCAGAUGGAGAAGGCUCUGGAGGGCCGAGAGGAGUACCAGGCCGAGGUCCACUUCUACAAGAAGAAUGGUGUGGCCUUCUGGUGUUUUCUAGACAUUGUGCCUAUAAAGAACGAGAAGGGCGAAAUGGUUCUCUUCCUCUUCUCAUUCAAGGACAUCACUGACACCUAUGGAAGAGGCCACAACAACAGCAAGAAGGAGGAGGACAAGAGGCACAGGAGGAAGAGCAGCUCCCACUUCGUCGAGGCCAGGAAGCGAGGACGCACCAUGUUGUACCAGCUGACCAGCCAGUUCUCACGGGGAGGCAAAAGAAAAGUCAACCUGGGUGGCGGCAUGAAGCCUUCAAUACCGGAGUACAAGGUGGCAGCAGUGCAGAAGUCUCGCUUCAUUCUGCUCCACUACAGCAUCUCUAAAGCCCUGUGGGACUGGCUCAUUCUGCUGGCCACCUUCUACGUGGCUGUAACAGUACCCUACAACGUCAGCUUCACGCCGUAUGAUGACACCGUCACAGCUGCGCGCUCCACCAUUGUCAGCGACAUUGUGGUGGAAAUGCUCUUUAUUAUAGACAUUAUUUUGAAUUUCCGCACCACCUAUGUGAGCCAGUCAGGGCAGGUGGUGUACGAGGCGCGCUCCAUUUGCAUUCAUUAUGCCACCACCUGGUUCUUUGUGGACCUGGUGGCUGCCCUGCCCUUUGACCUGCUGUAUGCCUUCAACAUCACAGUGACCUCCCUUGUCCACCUGCUGAAAACGGUACGCCUGCUACGUCUCCUUCGUCUGCUUCAGAAGCUGGAUCGCUAUUCGCAGUACAGCGCCAUGGUGCUGACCUUGCUUAUGUCUGUGUUUGCCCUGCUGGCACACUGGAUGGCCUGCAUCUGGUACAUGAUUGGACGUAAAGAGAUAGAGACCAAUGAGACCUGGGACAUUGGGUGGCUUCAUGAGCUGGGCAAACGUCUGGAGACACCCUACAUCAACAGCACGGUGGGCGGCCCGACAGUGCGCAGCUCCUACAUCGCUGCCCUUUACUUUACCCUCAGCAGCCUGACCAGUGUGGGCUUCGGCAAUGUCUGUGCCAACACCGAUGCUGAGAAGAUAUUCUCCAUCUGCACCAUGCUCAUCGGCGCGCUGAUGCACGCCCUGGUCUUCGGUAACGUGACGGCCAUCAUUCAGCGGAUGUACUCGCGGCGCUCUCUCUAUCACACACGCAUGACAGACCUGAAGGACUUCAUCCGUGUCCACCGUCUGCCCCAGCAGAUCAAACAGCGCAUGCUGGAGUACUUCCAGACCACAUGGUCUGUCAACAAUGGUAUAGAUGCCAACGAGCUCCUCCACGACUUCCCUGAUGAGCUGCGGGCCGACAUCGCCAUGCAUCUGAAUAAGGACAUCCUCCAGCUGCCGGUUUUUAAGGGGGCCAGUCGUGGCUGCCUGCGCUCGCUCUCUCUCCAUAUAAAAACCUCCUUCUGUGUCCCUGGGGAGUACCUCAUCCGUCAGGGUGACGCGCUGCAUGCCAACUACUUUGUCUGCUCUGGGUCCCUGGAAGUGCUGAAAGACAGCAUGGUGCUGGCAAUAUUAGGAAAAGGGGAUCUGAUUGGAUCUGACCUGCCUGGAACCAACCAUGUGAUAAAAACCAAUGCUGAUGUGAAGGCGCUGACCUACUGUGACCUCCAGUAUAUCAAUGUGCGUGGUCUGAGAGAGGUGCUGGAACUCUAUCCUGAGUACGCCAGUGUGUUCACCUCUGACAUCCACAACAACCUCACCUACAACCUGCGUGAGGGCAGCCAGGACGAGGGCCUGAGCAGGUUUUCAAGGUCACCCAGGAUUCCCCACGAAGCCAGGCUCCCCUCUAUUGUGGAAACUAAGGGGGAUGACCCUGACGACUGCUUCCACAUCUCUCCAGCUACCCGCUCCCGUCGCAACCUCCUGCUUCCCAACUUCAGCAGCCCUGUUCGCCGCACCUCCCUGGGGAACCUCCUAGGGGAUGAGUUGCGGCAAUUCAACGCCCUGCGGCGCUGCCGUUCACCAAACCUCAGCCGUGGCAUCCACGGGCAGAGCUCGUCCCCUCAGCCACUGUCGAAAAGAGAGCACAGCUCCCCUAAAGUCACCACAGCCUCAACCUCUGCCCAGGGGGAGUCCCGGGUCGAGAAAAAGCCUUCAAAGCUGCUCAUCCCAACUGUCACAUGCUCAGGACCCCCAGAUCUCAGUCCCAGGGUUGUAGACGGCAUCGAAGACAAUGGACACGCGUUCCACUUCAACGUGGAGCACAGCAGGCCCAAAGCCAGCACAGGAGGCAGCACCCAUGACUCCACACAGGAGUAUGCUACCCUGCUGUUUGAGACAGAGGAGGUCAAAGAGAGCAUCAGUCAACUCAACCAAAAGAUGGGCACAUUAAACCAGGAAGUAUGUAACCUCACCAAGGGCCUGCACCACAUGAUGCAUCUCCUUCAGGCCCACGUAUCUGUGCAACACUACAAAGCCUCCCUCCCUUCAUACCCGUAUGGCAUCCAAAUGGGGUCCAGCCCUUCUCCAGUCCCCAACACUGGCAUGCCCUUCAACUUAGAUCCAACCUUCCACCCCAAUAACGAUCCUGGGAUUCAGGAAGGCCACAGUCAACAAAGUGUUGCACCUGCUGGCCAUUGGAACUACAGUGGAGUAACUGAAACCCAAACAGAGAGCCAGCACUGGCCUCAAACCUCUAGUUCACCUGCCAUCUCCUGUCUGCCCCUCUCUGUAAACUCUGCAUCCAGGUUAGGCCUGUGUCACAGCUCUGAGAGUAUGACGACACAUCUGUGGACAAGACCGUCUCCUCUAAGCGCCAGCACAGGCUUCCAGGGUGGAAGUCCAGGCCUCGCACCUCAUGCUGGGUACGAAGACUCUGACAACAGGCAUCUCAGUGCGAGUCCGACCACCAUCAGCCAAUCCCAGCCUACUUUGUGCCUGCAGCCUCCUAGUGAAAGUGAUGAAUACUCUUGCCUUUUGUCCGGUGCCCCCACAGGUACGUCCACACACAGCCUGCUGGACUCGUCACACAAUUCAUACCCCCAUCUCUCCCUGCGCUCUGAGUCCCAUCUUAAUUCAUCGCAAGCCUCACAUGAGGAAAUUUGUGUUCUGAUAUCCGCGACAACAUCCCAUAAUCUGAUCCAGGACACCUCCCUCUUCCAAAUCGAGGACUCGCACCCCUCGGUCCACCCUGUUUCUGCAUCUCCACCCAUAUUGCCAGGCCACCCUCUUGGAUCCUCCCUGGAUUCAGCCUCAGCGCGAUCAGAUGCUCUCGAGCCUGAUCUUCCACUGGGCGACCCAUCUGCCAUAGAACACACCAGUCUGGAGUGCCUACUGGGAAAUGGGAGCUCUAUGGAGAGCAGGGACAGUGAAAGUGUGUCAUCGCGAAGGUCCAGCAUUGGUGUUCAGACUCAGAGCACAGAGCAGUCGUGGUGUCUGGACCUCACAGAUUAA